ACGCACAGGAAGCGGGCGGGACCGGACUUCCGGCUGGUCUGUGGGGUUUCGCGUUCGGGGUUUCCUGGUGGGCGUCAGGGGCAGGCAACAGAGUGGCGGCCGCUACGGCCCUGCAACGGGGCCAUGGAGAAGCUGCGGCGAGUCCUGAGCGGCCAGGACGACGAGGAGCAGGGCCUGACUGCGCAGGUCCUGGAUGCCUCAUCCCUUAGUUUCAACACCAGAUUGAAAUGGUUUGCCAUCUGCUUCGUAUGUGGCGUUUUCUUUUCUAUUCUUGGAACUGGAUUGCUGUGGCUUCCGGGCGGCAUAAAGCUUUUUGCAGUGUUUUAUACCCUCGGCAAUCUUGCUGCGUUAGCCAGUACAUGCUUUUUAAUGGGACCUGUGAAGCAACUGAAGAAAAUGUUUGAAGCAACAAGAUUGCUCGCAACAAUUGUUAUGCUCUUGUGUUUCAUAUUUACCCUGUGUGCUGCUCUUUGGUGGCAUAAGAAGGGACUGGCUGUGUUAUUCUGCAUAUUGCAGUUCUUGUCAAUGACCUGGUAUAGCCUGUCGUACAUCCCAUAUGCAAGGGAUGCAGUUAUUAAAUGCUGUUCUUCUCUCCUAAGUUGAAAAUCAGAAACUUGUGGAAAAGAGCACUUGAAUGUUGGUACUCUAUGUUUGGUGAAGUUUGCUUUUCCCCAUAAAAUACUCCAGGAACAACUGACGUGACAGUUGAAGACCGUUUUGUACUAAGUCUCAUUUUGUAUACUGGUAAAAACUACAUGCUUGAUUAAACCAUUAAAUGCUUGUAACUUUAAAUUCAUUAUGUGUCAUUAAUAUACUUUUCCAGAGAUAAGAUUUUUAAUCACUGCCAGUUGUAAAUUAUUUUUAGCCAAUUUUUAAAUCUUUUCAAAACAGCUUUGAAAUGUGAAUAUUUAAGGGUAGAACUGUGCUGCAAGAUAAUUAAACUUUUUUGCUUUUAAAAAA